AACGUACGGCCCCUGAGAUGCUAGGCUAAGCUAGGCAAGGCUCCCUACGUACCCACGGCCCAGCAGAUAACGCUAGUUUGUGUAACGUUAGCUGACCUACUUCAUAACAGCUCGUUAUAUCACCUCUGUAACUGUCGUCCGGAGGGGGGCAGCGUGUGUUGGUCCACUCGAGAGGCUCGAAGUACCCCCAUUUCGUGUGAUAUGUCGAUCUUUUAAUGCGUCGGGCACAAGUUGAAUAACAGAUAAAAGUGACUUUGCGGAAUCGGGCGAACGGUGUCAAGGUGUGCGGAUUCGUCGUCCCUGUACAAAGUCUCCAGCGGCGUGAUGUCCUGCCCGUGUGCUUCGGCGGCGAGGCUGUUCCUGAAUUCUGCGCAUCGGGGUUUGUCAUGUUCCCGCAUUCAGCUGUUCUCUCUGAGUAAACACAGCCCCCGUGAAACUCACCUGGCCCCUAACGUCCUGGUGAGGUCAUUCUCCGAGGCCGCCGUCUGCUAUGCUGCUAAAGACGGUACCAGCAAGGAUGGAGCCGGUGACGGGGGAAAGAAAAGUGUCGGUGAGGGGAAACGCCUGUCCGGGUCUGGAGGCUCCGGUAAAGGAGGUAGCCAACUGCGUUGCCCCAAGUGUGGAGACCCCUGCACUCAUGUAGAGACCUUUGUUUCAUCAACACGGUUCGUCAAGUGUGAGAAAUGCCACCACUUCUUCGUGGUUCUCUCUGAGACGGACUCCAAGAAGGGUCUGAACAAGGAGCCCGAGUCUGCUGCUGAAGCCGUCAAACUGGCCUUCUCCCAGAAACCACCCCCUCCCCCUAAGAAGAUUUAUGCCUACCUGGACAAAUACGUGGUGGGCCAGUCCUACGCUAAGAAGGUGCUGGCGGUGGCUGUGUACAACCACUACAAACGCAUCUACAACAACAUCCCAGCCGGGAGCCGCCAGCCGGCCGAGGUCGAGAAGCAGGCCUCCCUGACGCCCAGGGAGCUAGAGAUGAGAAGACGAGAGGAUGAGUACAGAUUCACAAAACUGCUGCAGAUCGCCGGGAUCAGUCCCCAUGGCAACGCCCUGGGAGCGUCCAUGCAGCAGCCGGGGAGCCAGCAGACCCAGCAGGAGAGGAGGGGCGGAGACGUGCUGGACUCCACCAACGCCGAGAUCAGACUGGAGAAGAGCAACAUCGUGCUGCUGGGCCCAACUGGGUCAGGGAAAACAUUGCUGGCCCAGACCCUGGCGAAGUGCCUGGACGUCCCCUUUGCAAUCUGUGACUGCACCACCCUGACCCAGGCCGGCUAUGUGGGGGAAGACAUCGAGUCCGUCAUCGCUAAGCUGCUCCAAGACGCCAACUAUUCUGUGGAGAAGGCUCAGCAAGGUAUCGUGUUCCUGGACGAGGUGGAUAAGAUCGGCAGUGUUCCCGGGAUCCAUCAGCUCCGAGACGUGGGCGGAGAGGGGGUCCAGCAGGGCCUGCUGAAACUGCUGGAAGGGACCAUCGUCAACGUGCCGGAGAAGAACUCCAGGAAGCUGAGGGGCGAGACGGUGCAGGUGGACACCACCAACAUCCUCUUUGUUGCCUCAGGAGCCUUCAACGGUCUGGACCGGAUCAUCAGCAGGAGGAAGAACGAGAAGUACCUUGGCUUCGGCACGCCCUCCAACAUGGCCCAGGGGCGGCGGGCAGCGGCGGCGGCCGACCUGGCCAACACCAGCGGGGACACGGACGCCGUGGCGGAGAUCGAGGAGAAGGACCGCCUGCUGAAGAUCGUGGAGGCCCGCGACCUCAUCGAGUUCGGGAUGAUCCCCGAGUUCGUGGGCCGGCUGCCCGUGGUGGUGCCGCUGCACAGCCUGGACGAGGAGACGCUGGUCCGCAUCCUGACGGAGCCGCGCAACGCCGUGGUGCCGCAGUACCAGGCGCUGUUCAGCAUGGACAAGUGUGAACUCAACGUGACCACAGGCGCUCUGCAGGCCAUCGCGCGGCUGGCCCUGGAGAGGAAAACGGGCGCCCGCGGCCUGAGGUCCAUCAUGGAGAAGCUGCUGCUAGAGCCCAUGUUCGAGGUACCCUGCUCAGACAUCAUGGCUGUGGAACUGAGCAGAGACGUGGUCCAAGGCAAGACAGAGCCCAGAUACACCAGAGCGCCGGUGAAGGAGUCCACAGAGGAGGAGUACGACUCGGGCAUUGAGGAGGAGAACUGGCCCCGGCAGGCCGACGCGGCUAACAACUGAGCCCCUCCCCCCUGACCUGAUCGCCCUCCAGCCCCCGCCCCCCCCCCUCCACCCCCCAUGGAAGGAAACCAUCUCCGGCCGGCCCCCAUGUUUCAAUGGCUGGGCUGCGUGUGCGUUUGUGUGUGUGUGUGUGUGGGUGUGUGUGGGGAGAAACUGAAUUGAAAAGGAAAGCUGCUGACUCAUGGAAGAGGAGCCGAGUGUCACAUUGAACAUGGUCUUGAGAACGUAACAACCCUUUCAGGUCCUGUGCGUUUAAACGUUAAUUAUAUUUUUCUUUUGGUAAAGAGGUUUGACUGCUGAGGUGGCCCUCGUAGUACACUUUCAAUCUUUGCCAGGUUGUUUAACAUUUUUAUCUUUCCAGGGGAUAACAACAUUUUAUUAUUAUUGAGACGGAUUUAGUAGCUAGAGGACUAUCCUGGUGUUAUGGCAAGGGGAUCAAACACACAGACAUCACUGGGUCAUACUGUGCUCUUCAGAACAGGGCCUUUGUGAGCGCUCAUGUUGUCGUCAUGUUACAGAAUACAGGUGAUGCUCGCAUCAUUCAUAAGCGCGUCAUCAUAUUCCACAAGCACAAUGAUACUGUAGAUGAUUCUUCACGUCCGCCGUUUCAAAGGUGUCUCAUAAUAACAUAAUUUAUAAGAAUGUUUGGCUGAAAGUGUUGACGCAGCACACACUUUAGAUUAGCAGCUGUGGAACAUAAGGACUCAGUCACUCCCAGGUCCUCACGGGCACACAGCAGCAGUCCAGGUGGAUUUCGAGGUGCCCUUUUUAAACGACCACCUGUGAUAUUUUUAGUUGGUAGAAUACCCCUCCAGUCUCUCUGGGCUGUGUGAGGAGCGGACCGUCGCGGAAUCGGAGCAGUUAUAUUUUUGUCCCUCCAGUAAUUUCAGCUAAUCUUAACGAUGUAAUGCCAUGCUAUAAAUUGUGCUUCUACCUGUCCUGUGAUAAAGCCUUUAAUCAAAAGUACCCCUCCACCACCACUCUACCGGGAUGCCCUCGAAGCGCACCGCGAUCAUACUAUACAGUAAGAUGAAUUAGGUUUGCCUGUUUGAUUUAGCGAUGUUACUUUCACUCAUUUCAUUUAAAGAGUCGUCAACGGAAGCUGUACGACACAAGGUUGUGACUCCUAAAUUGAUGUGAUUGUUUAAAUAUAUAAAUAAAAUGUAUAUCUAUGUA